UUUUGCUUGUGGAGGGAUUUAUAAAUUAAUAACCCUUUGUUUCAUUACCCGCGUCUCUUCUUCUUCAUUUUUCUUCAUUGCUAUGGAAAACUCCAACUUAAUUACCUCUUCAUCCCAAAGCGAGAAACACGAAGAAGACGAUGAAUUGCCAAAGGCGCGUUUCUGGGAUGCCAUGGACAUCACCUACUGGGAGGGCUUCUGGUUCGAUCCCGGCCUCGUUAAACCGGCCAUGACCUUCCGGUCCACCUUCACCGCCCGAAACGACGACGUCCUGCUCGCCUCCACCAUGAAAACCGGCACCACCUGGCUCAAGUCCCUCGCCCUCUGCAUCCUCCGAAACGACGACGUUCUCGCCACCGACAACCCUCACUUCCACCUCCCCACCGUCGAAGGCGUCGCCUACUCCACCAAGCCCCUCCUCGCCGCCGCCACCGCCGCCCCGCGCCUCCUCCACACCCACCUCCCCUACUCCGUCCUCCCCGAUUCCCUCAAAACCUCGCCGGCGGCCAAAAUUGUCUACAUCGCCCGGAACCCUAAGGACACGCUGAUCUCCAUGUGGCAUUUCUUCAAUUCAAUUCUCCGGCCAUUCCCGCUCGAGGCUGCCGUCGAUUGCUUCUGCUCCGGCGUCCAUCACUAUGGCCCGUUCUUCGACCACGUCGCCGAGUAUUGGAUCGAGAGCCGGAAUCGGCCGGAGAAGAUCCUGUUUCUGAAAUACGAAGAAUUGAAGAACGAUCCGAAAUCCCUAGUUUCGAAGAUUGCGGAGUUCGUCGGAAAACCGAUCGGCAGUGAGGAUGAGGUGGAGAAGAUCCUCUGGAAGUGCAGCUUCGAGAGGCUGAAGAAUUUGGAAGUGAACAAGAAUGGAUCGGUUCUGGUGAAUGUCCCCAACAAGAGUUUCUUCAGGAAAGGGGAAGUGGGAGAUUGGAAGAACUACUUGACGCCGGAGAUGGCGGAGAGGAUCGAUCAACUGUCACGUGACAGGCAUGAGGCUAUUGGUCUCUUUCUUUGAAUUUAAUUACAAGUUGUUGAUCCA